AUGUCUACUGCCAAGUUCCAGUCUCCAUCCUACAGACUCUUUGAGCCGGGCUUUCUUCCAAUUCCAAUUAAACCCAUAAUUGUCGACCCUGACGACGACUUUGGGUCGCCAGAAACCCUUACUCUUACAUACGAGGAAGCUGUUCAAGCAGCACAAAGGGGGGAUCCAAGUCGGGACUCCCCGCCGAGCGACUUCGACAUGGCCUACAGCAAGGCUCAGUUACCUCCAGUUAAUGGCUACGAUACGGCGUCAUUUGCCGAUCCAGCUUAUGAACCAUAUUCUACCACGGCGUUUUCAGCUCAGCAAGCUGAAAAGUAUGCCCAAUAUAACCAGUCGUCAUUCGCGAGCAACAACAAUGCAGUAGCUCAAUACAUGCCACCGAGACCUACCGUUGUUACUUUCCACCCAUCUUCCGGCGUCUUUGGAACCAAAAUUCAUUUCAAGAUACAUUCGCAAGACGAUCUCUUCUCUCCUCAGGCGUUUGUGCUAUUUGGAAGUGCAAAGUGCCCUGCAGAUCUUAUCCGAGAUUCUCAAGAUAGCAGUGGCUUUGCAUUCUCGUGCAGUAUAGACGCGCCGCAGUCUCUGGUCACAGGAAGCAAUACCAGCGUGCCUGUGUCAUUUGUUAUAGAGGCUCCAGCAGGAGGAGAGAUCUCGCGGACAGCCGCAGGGACUUUCCACUACCUGGAAGGGUCCGAGGAUGACAUCACGCGGGCAGACAAAAUGUCCAAAGAUGGCAGCACAGCACCUGCUCCCGAGAUCGAUCAGGCGAGUCCUUCACCGAAAGCUGAAGCGCCUCCUUCAGCCGCUACAAAUACGUAUGAGUAUCCGCAACAACCAGGCCAAUAUGCCAAUACAUUUCCGCAGGGCAACAACGAGAUGAUAUCCGCCUAUCGAACUGCUAGCUUUUCCGACACGCACUACAACCAACACCAGCGGCGCGCCCAUUCGGCAUGGAGCGGCUAUGGCAACCCUUUGGCUAGUGCGGGCAGAAGUUCUUCAACGUAUGAUCAUCCCCCGAUAUCCAGUCGACCCAACUUACCGCACCAUGCCUCCAUUUCUUCCUCAGGGAGCAAUGGAGCCCCCCAGUUGGUCCGCACCAGCACAAUUACAGCUGGCGGAGGCGGCGCUUUCCACCCCAUGUAUACCAGCAAGGCGGUUUUGAAGAUUAAUGGUAAUCUCAACGACAUGGCUGCCAAGUGGACGGAAGAAGAGUGGUCCAAUCGCCGCAGAAUUGUCCAGUUCAAGAAGAGCCAGCACCAGGCGAGCUUGCAUGUGAGCUUCAAGGCCGUUGCGGUGAACGAGAGGCCCCCAAACAGCAUUUGCAUUUCAUGCAUCUGGUGGCAAGAGAAAUCUGACUGCUAUGUCACCUCUGUUGACACGAUUCAUCUACUUGAGCAGCUUGUGGCUGCUCCUAAUCGAUUUAGUGUUGAAGAGAAGAACCGCAUUCGCCGCAACCUCGAGGGAUUUCAUCCCGUCACCGUCUCAAAGGCCAAGGCGGACAGCGAAGAGUUCUUCAAGAUCAUCAUGGCGUUCCCUCACCCCAAGCCCCGCAACAUCGAGAAGGACGUCAAGGUUUUCCCAUGGUCGACUCUUGAGCCAGCACUGAAAAAAAUCAUUGGUAAAUAUAGUGCCAGCCCCAGCAGUAUGAUGAACCCCGUGAGCGCGCCGUCAUAUGGCGCCCCGCCGGCUGGUCACCAUGGCAUCGGGUCACAACACGGCAUUUCUUCACAGCAUGCAGAUUCUCAUGGCCAGUUUCCCAUGCACUCGGGUUACAGCCCGAGCCAUCACGAAGCGAUGCCGUUGCCUCGACAAGCAUCUUGGGCAUCUACCGGCACAUACUCUACAAGUGCAGGCCGAGGACUCAGCCCCUCCGGCCUUCGCAACCACCAUAGCCCUCCGCAGUCAUCGUUGCGUAUCAAUACCAGCACAGCACAGCUUCCCGCCGUCUCUGCAUAUGACGCGAGAGCAGUGGCCAGUCCAUAUGCCAGCGCUGGCCUGCACACACCUCUCAGCCACCAUGCUGCGGCCGCAACGCCUCCUCGAUGGGAGACUGCUCCCUCGGCCUACACCGACAGCGGCUACCCAGCCCUCACUUCGCACCAAGCAUCAGGUGCUCAGUCGGUAUAUGCUGCCGCCGCCGCAUAUAACGAUGGGCCCCCGCGAGCGUAAAGCUUUCCUACCCUCUUACACUCCUACACGCAGCGACUUUUCGUCAAUACUAAUUAUUUGCUAUUGUCUAUUCUUCAGACAUCGACGUCUCUGGGAUCGUGCGAAAUCUUCUGCGAGGAUUAUUCUGCCGCAGAUCCGUCUUAGCAGUGGGCGUCAUUAAAUCCCAUGAACAAGUCUCGAGGUCGCGGGUGUAAGUCAUGUGGCUUAUACCCAAUGAGCAUCGUGACCCGCUACACCCCAAUCCCCUCCGCCCAAUUAGGGAAUCCGGCCAUCUGAAAGUGCCAAUACGAGAUUCCGAUAAUUCUAAUAUUGUGCUGUUCGCGCAAAUAUCAAAUCGAAGCAUUUUUAACGCCGCUUUAUUUCUUUGGCAGCGCUAUUUGUGUCGGCAGACUGCACGUCUGAGAUGCGCCGAUGCGGCAAGCAACGAUAAAUACUUAUUAUUGCAUAGCCAUUUUUACCCCUUGUGCUAAUUUUCCCCAUCAUUAGCCUCAGUCAUUACCGAGCAUUCUAGCAGUCUGAAUAGCUUCUUGACGCUGAAAGAGCAUAUAUUUGAGAGGGCCGUAAGUCAUGAU